AUGCCAAUAACAUUUAAAGUUUGUGAUAAAAAAGAAAAAAAAGUAACAUUAAAUGAUUUUUCAAUUAAUCAAUUUAUAAAAGAUGAUGUUAAAAAGUUAAAUCCUAGAGAAAAUAAAUCGGAUAAAGUUUAUUAUGAUGCAAUUAAGCAAGGAAAAUCAAAACAAGAAGCAUCAAAAAUUUAUAAAGAAUUUAGUGAAAAAGAGAAAGAAUUAUAUGAAAAAAAGAUUGAAGAUAUUUGUAAUAGUAAAAAAGUUUUAAAAUCAAGUUUUGUUGGUGAACCAUCUGGUGAUUGUGAUGGUGGUGGUUUAAAAUCAGUAGGAUUAAAUGGUUUUGUCCAUUCUGCAUGGAAGGCAUAUAAUAAUCAUCACAGUUUAGUUUUACGAUGUGAUAAUAUUUGGAUGGCGAUUUUAACUCAAUUUUCAUUUUAUGUUAAUAAAAAUUCUGAACAAUUACGUACAAACUUUGUAGAUUUCAAUGGUGAGAAAACAUUGGUGGUUAGAACGGAAUUUCCAAUUUUAACAGCACCAUUUGAUAAAUUAUCAAUUGAAAUGUCAAAAGAAAUUCAAAAAAAUAUUAAAGAUCCUGGACUUAGAAAUUGGAUAAUUCCAAAUUUUACAACCACUACUGAUUCUGAUAAAGUUGUGUUCUCAAUAUCGUUAAUGUCAAUUAUGAAAAAGUAUUUUAAAUUUGUAAUGCAGACAGAAUGUGGCUUACCAGAAGUAACACUAUUAGGUGAAAUUAGUGAUUGGGUUAAUUUAAAAGAAAGAGUUUCUUUAUUAAUUCAUUUUGAUACUGAAAAGAAUCAAAUGUCAAAAUGGUUAAAGUAUUUAUUACCAAUUAUGGAUAAAUUCAUUGAAUCUGCAAAUGGAAAUCCAGAUAUUAAAUGGUGGAAUCAAAUGGUAAACUAUAAUGAACAAUCAGGUGGAUCUGAGUUAUCAGGUUGGUUAUCAAGUUUUUGUCUUUUUACAAAUGAUGGUGAUUUUCAAGAAAGAAGUUUAAUGGAUUACUUUCCAUUUCCAAUAGUUGAUGGAUAUAAUAUACCAAAUGGAUUUUUAUCAGCUCCAAUAAAAUUGAUUGAUUAUGAUCUUUCAGAAUAUAAUAGUCAAAUUUAUGCUGGUCAUUUAGGUGCUAAAAUUCAUGAUACUAAAAUUAUGCCAUCACUUGAUUGGUUUUUAGUUGCUGAUAUUGUUUAA